AUGGCUUAUCAGCAGCAGCAGCAGCUGGACACUCGUAAUAUUAUCGAUGACUAUCGAAAACCAAUUAUGAAUCCGCCCAAACCAUCUAAAGAUAAAGAAUCACCCGGAACAAGUUCUUCCAGUCAAGUCACCUUUGCUGGUAUUAAAUCUGGAAACAAAAAAGAAGUCCGUGGCGGUCGUAUUCGAGCCGAAGUUGUAAGUAUAUAG